GAGAGUUCUUCAUCCGCAGGCCUGGGUAGUUGUCAGACGUGUGCUUACUGAGAAAUGGCUUCAGAGCUACAAAAUGAGGUGAAAACACCGGCUAUGGACGAAAAUAAAGAGAACAACGUUGACGGGAGUCUGGGCUUGGAGAUCUUGCAGAUCAUCAAGGAUUCUCAGCAGCAGCAUGGACUCAGGCAUGGGGAUUAUCAGCGCUACAGGGGCUACUGCUCUAGACGUCUGCGUCGAUUAAGGAAGACUCUGGGCUUUAAAAUGGGCAAUCGGCACAAGUUUUCUGGGAAGAAAGUGACAGUGGAGAUGCUUAAAGACAACAGAUAUCUGUUAAUAGUAUUAAUAGAAGCAGAAAGAGCAUGGAGUUAUGCCAUGCAGCUGAAACAGGAAGCAAACACUGAGCCCAGGAAGCGAUUCCACCUUCUGGCUCGUUUGCGGAAGGCUGCGAAACACGGAGAGCAGCUAGCAAAGCUGUGUGAAAGUCCUUGUGUGGAUGCCAAGACCAAACUGGAAGCUCAGGCUUACAAUUCAUAUCUUACUGGAAUGGUUCAGUUUGAAAUGCAGGAGUGGACAUCUGCCAUGGAGGCCUUCAACAAGUGCAAGACCAUAUAUGAAAAACUUGCAAGUGCUUUUACUGAGGAGCAAGCAGUGCUUUAUCAUCAGAGAGUGGAGGAGAUCUCACCUAACAUCCGAUACUGUGCAUAUAACAUUGGUGAUCAGAAUGCUAUAAAUGACCUCAUGCAGAUGAGACUGAGUGCAGGAGGAGGGGGUGGCAUGAUGGCUGAAAAAUUGGAGGCGUUGAUCACUCAGACAAGAGCCAAGCAGGCAGCUAUGAUGAGUGAGGUUGAGUGGAGGGGUCGUACAGUUCCUGUUAAAAUCGACAAAGCCAGAAUUUUCCUGUUGGGUUUGGCGGACAACGAAACUGCUAUUGCACAGGCAGAUAAUGAGGAGACAAAAGAGCGUUUGUAUGAGAGUCUGUUGGUGGAGUGUAGAGACACCAUCCAGGCUGUCAGAGAAGAACUCAGGACUGAUGUGAAGCAAAGGGAGAGGGCUACAGAGAAUGCUGAAAGUGGCAAGGUGUCCAAUAUUCAAUACCUGCAUAGCUACCUGACAUAUAUCAAACUGUGGACUGUAGUGAAGAGAAAUGAGAGCAUGGCUCACAUGCUGCAGGCAAAACUGAAAGAACCACAGACAGAUGAGAACAAAAGAGGACCACGACCACAAGACCUCAUACGACUCUACGACAUCAUCUUGCAGAGUCUUGCUGAGCUGUCAUCCUUGCAAGGUCUAGAAGGGGAUCAAACCUUUCAGAAAGAGGUGGCACUUAAGACUGUGGUGUACAAGGCUUACAGGUGUUUCUAUAUAGCUCAGUCUUAUGUUCUUGUGAAGAAAUGGAGUGAAGGUCUUGUCCUGUAUGAAAGGGUUCUGAAAUAUGCCAGAGAGGUCCAACUGAAAGCCAAGAGCCUCAAUGACAGCCUUGAGGAUCUUCCAGAUGUCCAGGAGCUGAUUACUGUGGUCAAUGCUGAAAAGUUCUCCGUUCAGGCCGCAGCAAUCUUAGACAAAGACGAUGUUGCAGAUGAGUUGCCCGCACAACAGCAGUUUAAAGACAUUUCGCCUCUGUCUGAGCAUUUGGAAACUUUCCGUCAUGACCCCAUCCUCCUGAGCAAGCAGCCCAAUCUAGUGCAAUUCCCUCCAGAAUUUCAUCCAGUCCCAUUCAAGCCUCUCUUCUUUGACCUAGCACUUAACCAUGUUGCUUUUCCACCUCUUGAUGACAAGGUUGAGCAGAAGGGCAAAGGGGGCAUCACUGGCUACUUCAAGGGCUUCUUUGGCUUUGGAAACUAAUUCCAGUUUAAUUUGGGCCUGUUUGGCUGCAUCUGUAGUCCAUGUAGCAUUCUUAGUUUGAAGGGUAAAUUCAACCAAAUAUGUAAAUGUAGUCAUUAUUUAUUCACACUUGUGUUGUUCAAACCCAAUGUUUUUUAUCUUUAACCUUUGUCUUUUUAAUGGGACCAGCUCUUCUCAAACUUCAGGACACAAAAAUGACAUUACAACAACGACUUAUGGUCUAUGGCAUACAGAUGUGGGCAUCCUCUUGAAUAUCAAGGUCUUUAGCCAUUUCUGUUGCAUUCUCGUUUCUGUGCAGAUGCAUUGUGGAUAUCGCUAAUGUGUUUUGUUACAACAGUAAAUUGAGAUUGGAAUCUUGCACAGAAAAGGCACAGGUCAAGAUUUAAACAAUGGGUUAAUAUGUAUAUAAUUUUCACCAAAUACAUCUGUAUGCUUUCAGAACACUCAGUAGUUUUUAUGUAGCUUGAUAAGACUAAUGUAAGAAUAAAAGAGUUUUAAAAAUUCUUAGAAGAACAAAGAAAUCCAUAUGGGUUUGAACGACACAAGGGCAAGUAAUUAAUGACAACAUUUUCUUUUUUGGGUGAAAUAACCCCUGCUUUAUUCAAUUUUAUUAUGUUCCAUACCAUUUCUGAGAACUUUCUAUUACAGAUUUGAGAAAAAUAAAUGCAAUGUGGAAAAUUUAAGUCGCUGAAAUGAAAUAUAAAGUUUAUCCAUUAUCUUUAUUUCUACAACUGGGUGUAAUAUAAACCUUAAGUUUCUUUCAUCUUGCUAGGGGCACAACAGUCCAUACACCCUAUCAUUGCAGGGGAAAUGUGAUUUGUUUAAUCCCAAAUUACAGUCUGAAAAAUAAAUUCCUAGAUCAUCUCAUAUCACCACAUUAUAAAAGUGGUUACUUUAUUAUAUUGAACAGGUAAAACAUUGUCAGUACAGAUGAGUUAUUAUAUUUCCCGCAUCAGAAUUUUAUUUCUUUAAAGGUUUUAACUUCAGUGGUCAGAUUUUCUUUUUCAUGAAUUGAUGUAAGACCUGCCAUUGUGAUACUGCCAUUGAUGUAGAUAUAUUCACUUGAAUGAUCAAAUGUUAAACCGACCACGAGAAUCAGCCUUUUUGCUGUUUGUGUUGUUUUAGUUGUGUAGAUUUAAGUAACACUUACUACCCUAAACCCUGACCUCUACAAAUAGGAUGGUUUCUGUCAGCUUGCAUGGACCCUACAAAUAAACUGUUGUGCUUAUAAGUUGA